AUGGUCAGCAACUCGAUCCCUCGCCACAUCGUCGUCGUCGUCGCAUACCUCACGUUCGAGCUGUGGAUUGUUGCCGCCGCGAAUAAAGCGAUAAAGCUCGAUCCCGUGCUCUAUGCCACUGCCCUGGAGAGAAUCCCAAUUGCCAAUUCACCCCAGACCACGGUCACAAACCGCUGUGUGGUAUGCCUCGAUGCCGAGGCUGUCAUGGCCGUCUUCGAUUGUGGUCAUCUCGCACUCUGUGGAGGUCCACUACCAAGCUCCAACGGAUCUAUCCAGUUGGAACCUGAGCGUUGCCUCAAAAAUCGGGAGCUUUUUUUCGCUAUUUCUCGAUUAAAAUCACCUCUGGUCCUUGCCAAGAACCACUUGUGCAUGUGUCUGCGGAGAGUGUAG